AUGGGCGAGCCUUCCCCUUUUUCGUAUUCGCCACAGAAGUUGCUGCAAUCUUAUGCGGCAUUAAAGGCCAAAGAAACAUCAUCUUCCGUCGAGGCAUCCUCUGAUGCUACCGCCAAUGAGAGCAGCAGAAAUCAUCCUCCAGGAACCUUCUCGGUGGCUGCCAUCCAAAUUACAGCUUCGGGGAUACCCAACAAUGACGUGGAACAAUUCUGGGUGUUGGCCCAACAGGCCGUCCAAGAAGCAGCCACGGCUGGGGCCAAUCUCAUUCUACUGCCCGAACUCUUUUUGGGACCCUACUUUUGUCAAUCCCAAGAGGCAUCCUUGAUGGCUCUGGCAGAACCGGCCGAAGAAAAUUUUGUCAUUGAAAGAAUGAGACAAUUGGCCAAACAGUAUCAAGUCGUCUUGCCCAUUUCGUUCUACGAGAGAAAGAACAAUGCACUCUACAACUCGGUCGUCAUGAUUGAUGCCGAUGGUUCUAUUCUGGGAACGUAUCGCAAAAGCCACAUACCCGAUGGAACUGGUUAUCAAGAGAAAUUCUAUUUCACACCGGGAGACACUGGCUUCAAGGUGUUUCGCACCAAGGUUGGUACCGUUGGAGUGGCCAUUUGUUGGGAUCAGUGGUUCCCCGAAGCUGCCAGGGCAAUGGCAGUGCAGGGGGCGGAUAUAUUGCUAUAUCCCACUGCCAUUGGAAGUGAACCGCAAGAUCCAACCAUCAACUCUGCCGAUCACUGGCAACGAGUCAUGCAGGGUCAUGCUGCCGCCAACAUGGUCCCCGUGGUAGCGUCCAAUCGAUACGGAACGGAGGUUUUGCUCCAUGAAGAUGGCUCGGAGAAGCAACGCAUUACCUUUUAUGGCAGAUCAUUCAUCACCGACGAGACGGGGGCCAUUGUACAAGAGGCAAAGGUAGAUCAGCAAAAGCCAUUCACCAUUCUCUCGACAAUCAUCAAUCCCUCGGAAAAUAGAGCCACGAGAUCCGCGUGGGGCUUGUUUCGUGAUCGCCGACCUGAGCUGUAUGGCGUCUUGCAAACCAAGGAUGGAGCUUCCUAA